AUUAGUAAUGUUUUUUGCCUGUAAAUGAAAUGUCUUCCACCGCGAUCUGAUUGAGGCUACCUUUUUCUGUCCGAAUGCAGCAACGAUGCACUAAGCGCAGUAUCAGUCUGCUCCAAAACAGCCGAACAAUCAAACGUCCCUAGGCCGCCCAGUGCAUGCAAACGCAGCACCAUAUAGCCGCUCCCCACCGCAACGCUCACCAAAUUCCCGACAUUGCAAUGACGGCUGUCCUUGGCUGCCAUGUCCCACCCCCGCCCGGAACGCCUGGCAGUUCUUCGCAUCCGCCGCGCUCUUCUGCAGGGUGCCGGCAAUCGUGCCGAUCAGGAGGCGCCGCAUGGCUCCAGACACGUGGUACAACUGCUAGAUCCGAAGUCCCAGGAAGGGCCCGUAGUAGAGAGCGCGGCCUUGGAAGCAUUCGAUGGCGAGAACGGCCGUGUCGAAGGCGCCGUGGUUGUCGCGGCAGUGCGCGGAGCCCGCGGGGCAUAGACGCUUCCAGGGGAAAGAGUGGGGACUCAUCGUCUUCGAACGAGAAGGUGGACAUGUGCGGACUGCCUGGAAAACAGGAAAACACAGGAAAGGAACGAGCGAAGAAGUGGGGUGCGCCUACUCACGAUCCAGCAUCCUAGAAAGAUAAGAAACCUACACCCAGCCCUCCCAAACCUUCGAGGUGGGCACAUGCUACCAUUAUACCUUGACUGUGUAUAACUGCAGGGCAAACCCUUUUCUAGGGUCGGUAAUUGUCUGCUAUGCGAUUGCGAUGACAGGUCUAGGCAAACGCAGCCCAAGAAUUCCAUAAGCGAGCAUCACUGUGAUUGAGCGGAGAAAGGGCUCUGAGGCGUGGAUUGAUGUAGCGAGAAAGAGAUACGAAGAAGA